AUGAAAAAUUAUUAAUCUUAAGCAAUGUAAACAAGUGGAAGAGGCAGUCUUUAAGACAAUCCUUAUUCAAUGGAAUUUAAAUAAAAAAAGAAUAGUGGGAAAAUAAUAAAGACUGAAAGCAUAACCACAGGUGCUAAAAAUACAAAAUAAGAUUUAUUAGAAUAUUUUAAAAAUGAGAGAAAUACUCUUAAUUAGGUGACUAAUAAUAUAAAGACUUAAUUACAACAGAGUAGAAGUAUUGAUAAUUUAAAUAGUUAGAAAAGUGAACGAUUAAAAAUAUCGAAUGUAAUUAAUCUUUAUUAUUUAAGCGUAUCUAAACAGAAGAAUGUAAUUCAAAUAAGAAGUAGUUGUUAAAAGGAAAGAAUCUGUCUCUAGCUACUUUGUAAAUGGAACCAAAAUAAUAAAAAAAUACAAUAAAAUACAAUAAGAUGAGUUAAAUGGCUUAGAGUAGUAAUAAGUUACCGAAAUCUACAGUAGAUCAAUAGUUUAUGGAUCUUUAGAUAAAGAGUGCAAAAGAAUAAAAGAAUAUAUAGGCAUUUGACUAUUAAUAAUACUUUACGAUGAGACAAAAUAAAUAAUCUUUACUGUCAGAUUCUCAUACAUUAAAGUAAUCGAUUGAAUAGAUCUUAAGUAAAAACAAGAAGUAAUUCCACAAAAAUAAUAAUGAAAUAAGAUCUACAAAUCAAUCAACAUAAUAAAGAAGUGAUUCAUAAAAAAGAAAUAAUCGUGAAGAAUCAAAUCAUUAUGAUUCUUAAAAAUAGUUAAAGAUAAUUUUAGUUUAUAAAGGCUAAAAGUAAUAAUAUUUUUAUAAAGUUAUAUAGAUAUCACUAUUAUUAUAAUUUUAUAGGUUAAACAACUGAUAACUUAUAUAAUUAUUUGAUUCAGUAAAUAGCUUGUAUUGAAAAAUCCUUUAUGAAAUAAGGAGGAGGAACUGGAUCAACUGAAGAAGUUUAGAUUUAAGAAGGUUAAUAUAAUAAUGUAUUAAUAGAAAUUAAUAAAAUAUGUUAAUUCUUUACGAUAUAGAAAAACAUUCCUUUUGAUUACUAUUUAAGUUUACCAAAUUUGUCUUUAAAUGUAUUUUAAGGGAUGACUUUAUAAUUAUAACCUUUACUUUCUUAACCUCUUCAUGGUAAGAGAGUUUCAUUGAGAGAUUUUAUGUUGGUUAAAUGUAUUGGAGUAGGAGGAUUUUCAAGAGUGUAUUUAGUGAGAAAAAGAGAUAAUGGUAAAUUUUAUGCAUUAAAAUUGAUUGACAAAAACUUUAUAAUGGAAAAUCAAAAGGAAGUGAUAGUACAAAAUGAAAGAGAUAUUAUGGUAAAUAUGGAUAAUGAAUUUAUUACUCCUUUACAUUUUGCAUUUGAAACUAAAUAUUACAUAGCCUUUGUAUUAGAUUAUUGUGCUGGUGGUGAAUUAUUUUAUCAUCUUAGAAAAUUAAAACGUUUAUCUGAGGAAGAUGCCAAAUAUUAUUUUGUUGAAAUAUGUAUAGGAAUGGCAUAUUUACAUUCUUAAAAUAUAGUAUAUAGAGAUAUAAAACCAGAAAAUAUUUUAUUAGAUUUAAAAGGACAUCUUUUAUUAAGUGAUUUUGGUUUAAGUAAACCAAAUAUGACAAAUGAAGAUUAUGCAUAUUCAUUUUGUGGAUCACCAGAAUACAUGGCUCCUGAAAUGCUUUUAAAGAGUGGACAUAAUUAUUUAGUAGAUUGUUAUUGUUUAGGUGCACUUUUAUAUGAAUUAGUGACAGGUUUACCACCUUUUUAUUCACAUAAUACUUAAGAAAUCUACACUUCCAUUUUAUCUGAAUAGGUCUCUUUCCCUCCAUAUGUUUAAAUAUCUGAUCUAUUAAAAGAAUUAAUAUGCUAAUUAUUAGAAAAGGAUCCAUAAGAAAGAUUGGGAUAAUCUUAAGGCAUUGUAGAAAUCUUAAGUCAUCCUUGGUUUGAAGGAAUCAACUUUGAAGAUAUUCUUAAUAAAAAACUUUAAACCCCUUAUAAACCUGAACCUUUAAAAUACAAUUUUGAUGAAGAAGAAUUUAAUAAAGGUGAUUCUGAAUUCAGAAAAUAAUAUGCAAUCAAUCUUUAAAAAGAAUAUGUGGUAUUUAUAUAUAUCUAAUUAUUAGAAUACUGAUAAUAAUCCAAACCUUAUUCUUAAAAACUUUUAUUUCUCAAGAGAAGAUUUACCUCUAAAACCAGAACAUAAACCUAAUAGAUCUAAUCAUGUCAAUUUAGCCUAGCUUAAUAUUGAAAAUAUACCUAAUUCUGAUAUUAAUUCACCAGAAAGAUAAAGAGUAUCUAUAAACUAUUAAAUAUUUUUAGUAAAUCUCACCUUCCGAAGUAAGAAGAGUACCUAAAUAUUCUGGAAAGUCAGAAAUUACAGAUUUACUUAAAAAAAAUGAGUUUUCAAAUAAAUCUUCUUCAUUAAUUCAAUCAUCUAAAGUUACACAUGCUUAUUCCAAAACUAUGUAAUAAUAAUAGAAUUCAAAUCCUGAUAUCAAAGUAUCAUUACAUUAUAAAUUCUAGGCUCUUAAAUAAAUUCUAGAAUCAACUAAAGGUUAAAUUAGUUCUGAAAGAACUGCUACUAUGCCUGAUUCAAAUUUCCAUAAAAAUGAAAAAGAUAGAAUUAAAACUGAAUAGUUUGUUUAAAUUUUGUACCCUAAAACUACUACAAAUUAUUAGUUUCAUAAAAAUUCAAAUUUGUAAAAAUUAUUUGGGUCUGAAAAGAGAUAAAAAUGA